CCGUUGCCCCACCGUGUCGCGGACCACCUCCGCUCGACGAAGACGAACCCACCUCCUAUUCCUCCGCCUCCUCCAUCCGCGCCAUGGCGACGACGCAGAUACCUCCUGAUCCUCGCGAACUGGGGUGGCCAGCGGAGACGGAGCUGUGUGACACGUGGCCGCUCACGGAACUCCUACGCCGCCGGAACCACUCCCUCCCUCCGCCGCCGCGGGAGAGUCACGGACACCGCCUCCAGUUCGCCGGAGACCGAACUGCAUCCAAAUCGGUGGCAGGCGGAGUCCGAUCUGUGGCUGCCAGAGUUCGAUCUGCGUGGAGGCGCGGCCGCUCGACCGACCCCCUCCGCUGCCGCCGGUGAGUCAAAUAUUCGACCUGUGCUGCAGGUGACAUAGAUCUGAAUUCAUUGCUUGUCUGCCACCAUUCAUGCUAUCGUCAUUCAUCCGUUCUGAUACAAUUUGUCUGCCACCAUUUGAGGAUUUGAAUUUUUUUUUUGAGCAUUGAGGAUUUGAAUUGUGAUUGGCCGUUGUCUGGUGAUCCAGCAAUGUGAGGUCGUGCAGAGGCUCUAGGAAUUUUGCCUUACAAUGAGGAUAAUGGAAGAGGAAUUAGCCUUUGUCCCCAGUAUUUCUUUUUAUUAAAUUGGUUCAUGAUGCAUUACAGUAUUUCCCCAUUGCUUCAGCAAAGAAUUGAAGAUAAGUUCUCAUUGCCCCUUGAAUACCUCCCUAGAAUUUUCUGGUAUAAAAACUAUUGUGGUUAUGAGUAGGACCAUUGGCUGGCAUAGACAGAUUACCACAAACACAUAUUGGUAAAUGUAUUGUUCCUACACGGAUGAAAGUCUUAUUUGCUAAAUUUGAAACGUUUGUCAAGAAUUUUACAUCCUACGUGUAUGUUCCCAACGACCACCAAUAGCCUUCUUGACACCUCAGCGCCUGCAGACCUUCAUAGACCAUGUGCUUUUGUACAAAAAAUCUCGUUCUGUAUCUCACUUGAAAGAAUUAUAGUAAUCUAAUUGGCUAAUCUCAUACUUUUUUUUGCAACUGGAAUUUUACAUGCUCCAGUGUGUUCUGAAUUAUGAGGGAGGUAUCACUUCUUCAACACGCCCUUUUAAACUAUGUGUUCUGAAUUAUUGUGAUUCAUAGCAGUUUAGUUUCUUUUACCAUUUGAACUGGAGUCAAUAAUGUUAGGGCAUACAACAAUGAGCACAUGAUCAUUAUAGCUAUUUUAAUUUGUCAUAAUAAGGUUUCAUGGCCAUCUGAAAGUGCUACAUGCCACCUGAAAAUUACUUCCCAGCGAAAUAGGAAGAUCCUGAUCAGCAGUUACAGAUACUAGAUUAGUACUCUAUUCAACUUGGUUUAGUCUUCACCAGGAAGGCAGUAGUUGUGACUGAAGCUUCUAUAUAAUUGAGGCUUGUUAGCUUCUCACUAUACAGAUACUAGCUUUCAAUCGCCACUGUCCUGGAAGAAAAGCUCACUUUGUGAUAUAGUUUAUAGUUGCUUAUCGUUUCUCCACAUAUAUUUUGUGGUCUUUAAUAAUUGUUUCUAUUGAUCAAAUAUGGGAUGUUUACUUAUGUAUUCGAAUGCGGCAGACUUCAUGAUCGAUGUGUUUCAUGUCCGAAGUGAAUGCUUAUGGAAAACUUCUUUCUGCAAACGUAGAAGAUUAUCUUAGCCGCAUCAUAGUUAGGAUAAAAUAGAAUUUAUUAUACGUUUGAAUGCAUAUUUAGUUGACCUUGGCGACAAUGGUGUGCCGAUGGGUUUGAUUUAUCUCAAUACUUUUUGGAACAAUGACAUAUGAUGAAUAUUGUUAUUGCUACCAGAUUUACACCUGUUUACACUGAUUUUUUUCCUGUAGCAACACACAAACAUUCAACUUGUAGAGGAGGAAAAUCCACAAUUCCCAUGGCGACCCGUGCGCCGCCGCCGCCGCAUUCAUCGUCGGCCGGAUCCGUGACCGUGACCGUCGACCCCUCCCCCUCUUCGUCCUCCUCGGCCCCGCCACCGGCGACGGCCGCGCCGGCGCCGGCGGAGGCGGUGGUGCUGCGGCUGAAGCGGCGGGGCAAGAAGAAGGUGUCGUGGAAGGAGGGGACGGUGGACAACGAGGGCCUCGGCCGCAAGAGCUCCAAGAAGUGCUGCAUCUUCCACAAGGAGGUCCCCUUCGAUGAGGACUGCAGCGAUGACGAGGCCCCCGGCGGCGGGCACCGCUGCCCGCGGGGAGAUGCUGGCGAGGGCACCAGUGGCAGCGGCGGUGGCGGAUGCCCGUCCUCCUCCCACGACCACAGCCAUCACCACCACUGAUCUCGCAGGCAGCUUUGAUGAGCCUCUUCGUCAAUACCUGUAGUCAUUGGUUAUCCUGCCAAGGAAACUGAUGCUUCUUUAUGCCGGCUUUUAGUGAAAAGUUACUGUACUUUUAUGCUGAUGCUAAGCUAGUAUUACCUCAUAUCAGAACUUGCGAGAGACAGCCAUUGGGCCAGGCAUUGUUAGGCUGCAACUUCUAUGAUUGAUGUAUUGUUCUGGCGUCCAAAUAUCUAUUUUGACAUGAGUUCCUUUUCUUGUUAUUAUUGUCAUAGUUCAAUUGUCUCAACGGUGCUAAGUCUGUUCUUCUUGGCGAUUCACUGGUCAAUAUAUAAUCCUUGUUGACUUCAUUGUAUUUGUCUCUUAUAUUGUAGCAGUUUGCUGUUUGUUAAUGAUGAACUGAGGUUGCUCCUAUAUGAUGUCUGUCUUAUUGGUUUGGUUAUACCAUAAUUAUUCUGACCCUCAUAGUAGAUAACUAGACAUGUUACCUUAAUCAGGUUAUGAAACUUGUGUUUUGUAUACCUUGGAUAUCACCAUCAUAUAAGAACACUAUUGCGGGAACAUAUUAGUUGCAAAUUAAUUACUAGGUCCACUGUCCAAAUGUCAUCAGAACAACAAUGAACUUCUGGUGAAAUAAGGUUCUUAAGGUAGUUGUAAUUUUAGACUGGAGCCAUGUGGAAGUUUGUAUAUCUGAUUUGUGUAAUUAUUGACAGAAAUGACUGUGAAGGUAAUUAUCAGUUUAGUGAUAUGGCUGCAUUGAAAAUGUUUUGGUUGUGAAUGUAACGAGUACUUGUCUUAGAUCCAAAGAGAUCUGGAUGCUUGAUAUCUGCUCAAGAUACCUUCAGUUAUGAUCAAGCAAGGCAGCAUCACGUAUUCAGGUGAAGCCCAGACAAAUAAAGACAAUUGUAUCAGUUUCAGUUCCUGUCGUGUCGGGUGUGACCCAAGAUCUAAGUUUUUGUUUGUUUUCUAUUGUUACUUGUACAUUGCUGUAAAACUAGUAUUGAUUCAAAGAAUAGAUGCUGAUUAGGUGAUGACUGCUGCAGGGGUGAUGGUGAUUUGAAGGGGACAAGGGACCUAUCUGUCAUGUGUUCCCAUGGGAUGUGGAGGAAAUUUGCCAGAAAAGAAAAAUUGCAGAUUUGCAACCAUUUAUGCUCAUCUAAUGAUUUACCAUUUAAUGAUUGUUUUUUUUGUAGUCCACUUACAUAUUUCAUAUGUGCAAGACAUAAUGGUUUUACCUCUGACACCAUAAGCUCUAACCAAGCUCGUGUCACAGACUCUUGUACCGUAUAGUAUUUUUUUUUCUUUGUGGAUUUUUAGAGCUAGUCCCUUCUGUAGAUUUUAAUAACUAACUAAAAUUACAUGUAGUGAUGUUGAAAAGUUGUAUCGGCUUAAUAUUGUUUUCUUA